AAACUAGCCACCAUAUUCGUAAGUGUGUGAGUGUUUGUUUUUUUUAUAUUUUUUUCUUAACGUACGUGAAUUUGUGUGUUUAGUCAGUCACUGUGGAAUUUAAUCAGUUCGUGGUCGUUGGGAUUUGUGCAAGACAGAAAAAAUACAAGUUGUCAAGUGUGUGUGAAAGAUAUUAAAGAAAUUUAAAAAAUAAAAUAUUCAAUUCAAAAAUAAAAUAAAAAAGUUGUGAAAUGGCAACAAAAUCAAAACGCGCGGGAGCUGCCACGCCCCAACCACAACCCGGUGGCACUAGUACACCCCUGAUGACGGGUCCUAAUCGUCCUGCCAGUCCUUUGAGUCCAACACGCCAUUCUCGCCUGCAGGAGAAAGCUGAAUUGCAAAACCUGAAUGAUCGUUUAGCCGCCUACAUUGACCGUGUCCGUAAUUUGGAAACCGAAAAUGCCCGCCUAUCAAUUGAAGUGCAAACAACACGCGAUACCAUUACGCGCGAGGCCACCAAUGUCAAGUCCAUGUACGAGAAUGAAUUGAGUGAUGCCCGGCGUUUGUUGGACGAUACGGCACGCGAAAAGGCUAAAUUGGAAAUCGACAUUAAAAGACUCUGGGAAGAAAAUGAAGAAAUGAAGGCCAAAUUGGACAAGAAAACUAAAGAGUGUUCAGUAGCUGAAGGAAAUGCCCGCAUGUAUGAAUCACGUGCCGCUGAUUUGAGCGCCAAGUUCAAUGCUGCCAAUGCUGAUCGCAAGAAGGCGAUUGAUGAAUUGAAAGAUUUGCAAAAUGAACUCGAUCGUUUGCGCAAACAACUGGACGAGGCUCGUAAACAUUUGGAAGAUGAGACACUGGCUCGUGUCGAUCUUGAGAAUAACAUUCAGAGUCUGCGUGAGGAGUUGACCUUUAAGGAUCAAAUACACUCGCAAGAAAUCAAUGAAACUCGUUCUCGCCGUCAGGUGGAGAUCAGUGAAAUUGAUGGUCGUCUUAUGGAACAGUACGAGGCCAAGUUACAGCAAUCUCUACAGGAGUUACGCGAUCAAUAUGAGGGCCAAAUGCGUGCCAAUCGCGAUGAAAUUGAAAUGCUUUAUGAGCAAAAAAUUAAAAAUCUACAAGCUGCUGCCAAUCGAAAUUCGGGUGCUGCUGCCAAUGCCAUCGAAGAAUUACGUACAACACGUACUCGCAUAGACACAUUGAACAGUCGCAUCAAUGAAUUGGAAUCUACUAAUGCUGCCCUCAAUGCUCGUAUCCGUGAUCUAGAGCAGUUGCUGGAUAAUGAGAGGGCUCGCCACAAUGCCGACAUGUCAGUGUUGGAAGCUGAAUUGCAACGCAUGCGUGAUGAAAUGGCUCAUCAGUUACAAGAAUAUCAAGAUCUAAUGGAUAUCAAGGUUUCUUUGGAUUUGGAAAUUGCCGCCUACGACAAACUUUUGUGUGGCGAGGAAUCACGUCUCAAUAUUACACCGUCCGCUGGUGGUGCCACAGUCACCUCUUUAAGCCAAUCUUUACGUUCGACUCGUGCUACACCUCACCGUAAGACACCAAUGCGUGCACCAUCUACUGCACCCGGCGCCUAUAAGCGCAAACGCACCGUUGUCGAUGAAUCCGAAGAUGUGAGUCAAUCGGAGUUCUUUGUUACCAGCAGUGCUAAGGGUGAUAUUGAAAUUUCUGAAUUUGAUCCUGAGGGCAAAUUCGUUAAAGUCCACAACAAGGGACAGACUGAGGUACAAAUUGGUGGUUGGCAAUUAAAGCGUACUGCUGAUGGCAAAGAGAGUACCUUCAAAUUCCAUCGCAGUGUAAAAAUUGACGCUGGAGCCACGAUAACUGUUUGGUCAUCAGAUGCUGCUGGUGCAACCCACGAACCACCAACAAACAUUGUGAUGAAGACACAAAAAUGGUUCGGUGGCGACAGCAUAAAAACUUCCCUGUUCAACAGUGAUGGCGAAGAAGUGGCCGGCUCAGAACGUAUCAAGCGUACGAUUGUACGUCAUGUUUCACGUCAUAGAUCCGGCGCCAGUGUAAGUGGACGUGCCAGUGUUUCAGUGCUCGACGGUGUGGGCAAUGAGGAACUUUAUCAUCAACAGGGUGAUCCAGAUCAACAGCAAGGCGAAGAGAAAUGUCGUUUGAUGUAAGGAAUGCGUCAAAAGAAGCUUCAGUGUUUUUAAGGUGUAGAUUUAAAAUGAUAAAAAGAACUAUUAUAGAUUAAGGACGGUAUGUUAGAUACAUGUCCAUAAAAUAAAAAAAAAAACAAACGCGCAACAUUACAACUUUUGUUUUAAAACGAUAAAAUUGUAUUUGCCUCUUCCCUUAUUUUCUAUGUUCUCUUUAUUUAAUUUAUAUUAUGAUUAAUUUUAUAUUUUGAAUUUAAAUCGCCGAAGCCAACAUUAAAAACAAACCAACAAACAAAAAAUACUUAUCAACCAACCCUACAAAUACAACCUACAAAUACAAUAGUUUCUUCUAAUUUUAGUAUUAAGAUUUCAUUUGGUAGACUUGAAUUUAUUUUCAUUUAAGUCUUCCAAACUCUUUCUCUUUUUUACAUCAAACUAAUAAUCAUUUUAAGACCCUUAACAAGUAAAUGUUUCUCUUCCAUCAGAAUAAUAAAAAAAAAAACUAAAAACAUACCUAUGCUUUGUUUCUCAACAUUUUAAAAUAGAAAAACACUAUAUAAAAUCUUGUCAUAAGUCCUAAUGUAUUUGCUUAUUAACAACAAAUAACAUACAGACAUAAAGAGCAAUAAAUAAAAAUCGUCUUUUAUUUUUAUUCUAACAAACAUGAACUCUUUCUGCUUACUUUUUCUUUUUAUAAAUUUCAUAGUUAAGUAUGUAAACUAUUCUUAAAAUAAAUAUUUUGCCAGUUGAACAAGAUUCUUAAAUGGGAUGAAAGAAAUAGAGAGAUAAAGAGCAAAAACUAACCAAUUCAAAAAUGUACAAAUUUAUGUUUCAUUAUUAACAAUUUGUUCUAAAUUUUAUGUUUCGCUAACAAACUUUUUUUGUCCAAUACUAUACAUACAAACAUACUUAUACAUAAACUAUAAAUACAUUUUUUUUUAAACAAAAAUAAACCAUAAAAUAUACAAAUUACAGAAUAUAUAUUUAAUUUUAUAAAUUUAAGUUUUUUGUCUUAUUAUUUUUUUACAUUAAAACAAGGAUGUUUUCAUUUUCCAAAAAAAAAAACAAAAGAUUUUAUAUAACUAAAAAAAGUUUGUAACCUUUCAGAAUACAUAUAAAAGAAAAAUAAAAGCAAACAUUAAAUAUUUUACAAAAAUUAUAAA